AUGGCUGGAAGACAAUUAUUUAAUGAAACUGAGAAAGUUUGUCUUCAGGAGUUAAUUAUAAAAUAUAAACUCAAUUCGACGGCUACAAUAUGUGGUGGAAGUGUUGCUUCGAAAAAAGGCGCUUGGGCACGCUUAACGGAGGAGUUUAACUCCGUUGAAACAAACUCAAAAAGAACUGAACAACAACUUAAAAAAUGUUGGGAUAACCUAAAAACUCGGCGCAAAGGUGUAUUAGCCCUACAAAAAAAAGAAAGAAUGAGGACAGGGGGUGGGCCUUUUAAUCCUGAUAUACCAAGUGCUUCCCAAUCCAGCCAGGAAGUAUUACUGGACAGCGCUCUUACUGAGCAGACAGAUGUGGAGCUGAUGUUUGCAAUCGAUAGUGACACACCAGACACACAUACUAUUGAAGAUAUGCAAACUAAUCUAGAGACGGGUGCCCAUAAAACUACAGAAAACCUUUCAAUUGUUACUGAAGGUGUAAAUGAGCCUUUGACUGAAACAGAACGUGUAAAUACUCCUCUCCGUCAAUCUGAGUCCCGGAUGUCAGAUCUUGCUAUAUCAGCCCCAUCACACGUAUCAAGAAAUAUACGGACCAAAGUAAUCGAGGAAGAGUUUUCUAUUAGACGGGAAAACUAUAAAAUAAAGCAAAAAAGGGAUGAAGAGUUACAUAAACUUAAAAUGGCGGAGUAUACAUUGUUAGUGAAGGCUGCAGAAGAAAAAUAUUUAAAAACAAAAAUUGAGAGAGAAGCUGCCGAAGAACUCCUUCUCUGUAAUAAGAUGAAGAAAGAAGAAGCAGAGCUUAAAUUGUUGGAAUUAAAAAAAUUAAAU